AGACCAGCCACAGGGACGUGUUGACAGCCCUGCUGAAUUUGAACGAGAACUCGAGUUGUCACACGAGGGCAAUUUUAGCCACGGACAAAAAAAAAAACAACAACAACAAACAUUUAAAUAUGUGAAACGCUAUCUGGUGCCUGCUUCUGUACUAAAUCCGAGUCCCGUUUAGCAAGGUGAGUGUAAAAUACAGGAGUCAACUGCCGUGUAGUCCGGGCGGGCUCGGAUGACAAUACCACCAACGUAAGGGGAAGUACUACAGUAGCCUGGAAGGAUUUCCCUCCCCGAAGCUAAGGUUGAGCACCGCCUUUGAUGAGACAUUGAGGAAGUGAGUCCUCUGUGUGCUUUCCACAUACGUACGUACGUACGUACGCUCAUCGCGUUUGGAGAGCAUUGAAGAGGAGACUCCGCAAGAGUCGCCAUGACGCUGUCGUCCGUCAUCGGAGCUCUGCUGCUGGCAAACGCUUCUCCAGCUGUGUCCCAAUACGCCUCACCGACCAUCAUUGGGCCUGAGCGCCUUCAAAUAAAAGCUCAACCAGGGCAGCCGUUAGUUCUCCGUUGCGCGGCGCUGACCAACUGCGGCGGCGGCGACGACGUGACGCUCCUCUACUGGCUCGUCAACGGCUCCUUCCCCGAAGACCUUCGCGGCGGCAACAGGAUAACAGAGUUCGACACCUCCACGUUAGAGGGCGGCGCCAUUCAAACGGGGAGUUUGCUUGUGAGGAACGUCACCCUGGAGGACCUCGACGCCACCUUCACCUGUGUGGUCAUCAACGGUGUCGGAAUGGCUCUGAAGAAUGUGACACUGUCAGCUCCAGCCCACUAACGUUUACCGUCGUUUGUGGAAACUGUGCUGGAAUAUAAAAAUGUCUACACAUCCCGUU